AUGGAAUUUAUAGUUCAAUUUGAUGAUAAAAAUGAUGUUGUUAAUUAUAAUACUAUAGACACUGAAAGAUUUAGAAAAGUUUUUGAGGUUUAUGUUGAAGACCAAAUAGAUGAAUUAGAUACAAAAACAUCAGAAUAUCUGAAUAAAGAAUGUCGACAUUUUAAUUAUUUUAUUGAUGAUAUGAAAGAUGAGUUCCUUACGACUACAUCGAUAAGUCUCUCUCCAGAAUUAAGAAAGCAAUUAUGGGAAAGUGAAGUUGAUAAAAAUUUACCAAACUUAAUGGCUAGAAGUACACAUAAUAAAUGUCUAAGAACAGAACAUAAUUAUGAUAAAAAGUAUAGGGAUGUCAUUAAAAUAUUAGAAGAUUAUUGUGAAGAUAGA